UUGAUGGAAAACUACACAUUAAACAGCUUUACCCUCCAGCUGGAGGGGAUAAAGGUUACAGAGGUUUCUAUGUACCCUGUAUUUUUCUUUUUCUUUUUCUCCUACCUAAUAAUUAUAUUUGCCAAUGUAGGAAUUGUAGUCCUGGUCUUCAUUGACACAAACCUUCAUCAGCCUAUGUAUCUCCUUUUUUGCAACCUGCCAGUUAAUGACAUACUUGGAAACUCUAUCAUGGUGCCACGUUUGCUUACAGAUAUUUUGCGACCUCCCUCUGAGCGUCUCAUCAGUUAUUAUGAAUGUGUGGUUCAAGCUUUCUCCACACACAUGUUUGGCACAACUUCUCACACUGUGCUUAUGAUUAUGGCAUUUGACAGAUAUGUGGCCAUCUGCUAUCCACUACGCUAUUCAGCAAUAAUGAGCAACAAGAUGGUGAUGAAGCUGACAGUUUCUGCCUGGGGAGUGGCCUUUGUUUUGGUUGGGAUUCUUCUCGGUCUGACACUACGGCUGAACCGAUGCAGGACGCUAAUCACAAACCCUUUCUGUGACAAUGCCUCCUUGUUUAAACUCUCCUGUGAGAGUGUGUUUAUUAAUAAUGUCUAUGGCCUCACAUUUACCGUUGUCCUGUUCACAGGUUCCAUAGGCAGCAUGGUUGUCACUUACACAAAGAUUGCAGUAGUCUGUCUAACCAGUAAAAACAAGUCUUUGAACAGUAAAGCCUUGAAGACCUGCAGCACUCAUCUCUUUGUAUAUCUAGUUAUGUUCUUAUGUGGAAUGUUAGUCAUCAUCCUGCAUCGCUUCCCCCAGUACUCAGACUACAGGAAACUUUCUGCCAUUUUGUUUCACAUCAUUCCUGGCAGCCUCAAUCCUAUUAUUUAUGGUGUGCAGUCUAAAGAGAUACGCAAAUUCCUGUCAAAAUUGUUUCAGUCCAAAAAGGUUUUGCCAUCUUUUUAA